AUGCGCGCUUGGCCAAUUGUCUCCGCACUCUCCGACGACGACGACGACGACGACGACGACGACGACGACGCGGCGCUAGCGAACAGCGGGGUCGACGAUGAGGGCAUCGUGCGCGGUUGCGAGGUGGAUGUUGUCGAACGGGACGAUCUUGCCCCGUUGCAGACGCGUGAUCUGGGACCGGCAGCAAGCCGCUGGUCGCUCGGUUCGGGUAGAUGUCCGGGGCGGGGCCCAUCCAACCGCCAAUCGCUCGGGGAGACGCGGCUCGGUGUGGAGGGUCUCCCGAGCGAGCGUGUGUGCUGUCCGGCGGUGAACGCCGGCGUGUCGAGUUCGAUGGGAGAACAGGGACGAUCCUCAAGCGAGAUGAUGCACAAGACGUUGAACGAUGAGAGCGUUGGAGGAGAGGCGAACGAUGGCCGUGAUUGA